AUGUCUUCCAUUUUGAGCCGUUUCACAAGAGUGUCUUUGACAAACUUGUCAACUCAGAGAUCAUCAUCACCUUCUCUCCAUUUGCAUCAUGUGAAAUGGUGCCAUGAUGAAAGCCAUUACAACCAUGGGAUUCCUGGAAUCCCAACUAAUGGUAAAGUUGUACUCCUUAGAAAUUCCAUGACUGGUUCUCAAGUCUAUCUUGUUGGUGUUGGCAAUGGUACUAAAGAUGGUGCUGAAACUGUCAAGAAGGUGAUCAAUGCUGUAAGGCCUGAUGCAGUUGCACUUGAGUUGUGCAAACAACGUGCCUUGCUGCUUGGAAUGUGGAGGAAUCCUGAAAAAGAGGGCCUGGUUAGGAUGUUUCUCAGGUGCAUGAAGUCUCCAGGAGGUUUGAAAACAAUGAUUGAUACAUUUUUUAGUGUACGUCGACUGCAGGCAUCUCUCAUGCGGGUUUCGGAGCUUAAGGUUGCCAUGGAAGAAUCUCAAAAAGUGAAAGCAAAACUGGUUCUAAUGGAUCAAGAUAUCGAUGUUCUCAGUAAACAGUUCGGCUCAAUAUCUAUUAAUCAAAAUAUCAAUUAUCGGAGGCUCAAUGAUAUGAACCACAUUGACACGUUAAAGAAAUGGUUCAUGCUACGAUUUUUCCCGGAGAUAACGCCCCGAUCAAAUAUGGAAGGCAUACGGCGUUGGUUCUAUCUAAUUUUUCCAGAGCAUCAUAGGGUGAUAUUUAUCGAGAGAGACAUAUUUAUGUUUAUAAAGCUAAGAAGGCUGGAAGAAAAGGUUAUUGUUGCAGUGGUUGGGCCUGGUCACAUGGAUGGAAUUGAGCUAUUGUGGAAAUAUGCGGAGGAUGUUGGUGAUGAUUAG